AUGGCCACCUUCCCCAGAGCAGCCAGCCCAGCCCAGCAGCCCCCAGACCCCCAGGACGAAGACCCCAGCCUGGAUGAGUGCGACCUGUACAGCCUGGCUCAUUCUUACCCCGGAGUGGGAGGCAGGAAGGGUCGCACCAAGAGAGAAGCCGCUGCCAACACCAACCGCCCCAGCCCUGGUGGGCACGAGAGGAAGCUGGUGACCAAGCUCCAGAAUACAGAGCGGAAAAAGCGAGGGGCACGGCCCUGA